UAAAACGAGCCAAGUUUGCCGGCCGGGGGCAGCGGCACGUCGGGGCGCGGCGGCGGGUGCGGCGGCCCCGGUGGGGCCGGCCCGGCCCCGGGGAUGCACCUAAACGCCACGGCCACGGCCGGGCCGGGGGAGGCCCUCCACCUGCACCCCGGCGGCCACGCCAACGCCUCCAACCGCUCCGACCUGCUGCCCAAAGGGCCGGACGAGGAGGACCUAGACGUCAACACCGACAUCUACUCCAAAGUGAUGGUGACCAUCAUCUACUUGGCUCUGUUCUUGGUGGGCACCGUGGGCAACUCCAUCACGGCGUACACGCUGGUGCGCAAGAAAUCGCUGCAGAACCUGCAGAGCACCGUGCACUACCACCUGGCCAGCCUCGCCUUCUCCGACCUCCUCAUCUUCCUCCUCUGCAUGCCCAUCGAGCUGUACAACUUCAUCUGGGUCCAUCACCCCUGGGCUUUCGGGGGGGCCGUCUGCAAGGGCUACUACUUCCUCCGGGACGCCUGCACCUACGCCACGGCGCUCAACAUCGCCAGCCUCAGCGUGGAGCGCUACAUGGCCAUCUGCCACCCCUUCAAAGCCAAGAGCAUCAUGUCCCGCAGCCGCACCAAGAAGUUCAUCAGCUGCAUCUGGAUCGCCUCCUUCCUCCUCGCCGUCCCCAUGAUCUUCACCAUGGGGGAGAUCUACGGCAAGGACCAGGACCCCGACUCCCUCAUCUGCACCACCAUCGUGGACCCCUCCACGCUGAAGACGGUCAUCCAGGCCAACACUUUCAUCUCCUUCGUGUUCCCCAUGGUCGUCAUUUCUGUGCUCAACACCAUCAUCGCCAACCAGCUGAUGGUGAUGUUCAAGCAAGCUGCCCAGGAAAACCAGGUCUGCACCAUCGGCGGGCAGCAGACAAUGCUCAGCAUGUCCAUGGAGCCCAGCCGCGUGCAAGCCUUGAAGCACGGCGUCAGGGUCCUACGUGCUGUGGUGAUUGCCUUUGUGGUCUGUUGGCUCCCGUAUCACAUACGGCGUCUCAUGUUUUGCUAUGUCCCCUCCAGUCACUGGACAGAUUUCCUUUUCAACUUCUACCACUACUUCUACAUGCUGACAAACGUCCUCUUCUACGUCAGUUCGGCAAUCAACCCCAUCCUCUACAACCUGGUGUCUGCGAACUUCCGACAGAUCUUCCUCUCUACACUCACACUCGUGUGCCUGCCGUGGAGGAAGAAGAAGAAACGACUGGCCUUCACCAGGAAAUCCAACAGCAUCUCCAGCAACCACACAUUUUCCAGCCAGGUCACAAGGGAAACUACAUACUGAAGCCAAAGGAGGAAGGGAAAUGCAUUUCAUCAUGGAGUCAAAACUUGAGAGAGGCCUCUGUGAGUUUCGUGCAUGGUCUCCAAAUUCACGUAACACAAAUGUGUUUAGAAAAGUAAUUUUUCUUGGAAAAAUAGGCUUCAUCCUGCCAAUAACUUUGAAGUUAUUUUAAAGCAUUGGCCUUGCCUCUUGUGAGUAAUGUCUACACGUUUUGUAACUUCAGUCUGGCAUAAAUCCAGAUGCGGUGUUAACUGGGAAGCCAAAAUAUGUUAAACUUAGGCAAAUUGUUACUGCAUUCCAUCCUUUUCUCAAUGCAGGGAUGCCAUGUUCACAUCCAAGGGUUUGAGAUCAUGUCUCCUGGUGGCACCAAGCAGAGAGUCUGAUGAGGAGAAAGCCAUUUUGAACAGAAAGGGAUGUUUUUGGAGAACGAACAUGCUCAUCUAUGGGAUGUUCAAUGAACAACGAGUGAAAACUCAGGGAGCCAGGUGGUUAUUUUAGAAAUAUAUCUACAUUAUGACAUAAUACUAUGACCUAGGUGCUCAAGGGACCUGUUCUGGCUCCUUGAAAUCAAGUAACAACAGAUGAUGCCUUACCUAGGUUGGGGUGGCUGUGGCCAGGGGGAGUGGGGGCCAUCUCUCGAUUUAGGGCAUAUAUAAUGCCUGGCACAGUGAACCCCCUGGUAUUGGUACUGCAACACCAAUAAAUAACAAAGUGUCUGGCAAAGUCAAGGAUGCAGAAACUGUGCCCAGAUGGAGCGCUGAAAAUGAACAGAAAUGGAAAACCUUACUUUUGCCAUACAGCCAAAUCCCAUUUUUUACUAGGGAGAACAGUUAGCUGGCCUGCAUUAAGAGGUGAGAAAACUCCAGGCUCAUGAGGGCUCCAGGCUGCUGAGAUAAGAGCAACCUGCCCCCAUUCUGUGGGACCUUCAGAUUUUUCCCAUUCUUAUUCCAGUUUUACUUGUUUCCUCACCAUUUUCAGAAGGCUGGUGUUUCAUAGGUUAUAUCAGUUGUAGGCAGCAGGGCCUCUUGUUCUACCUUUUAUUUCUUUUUGCUGCCAGAGCUGUUGGCACACUGGUCUGCGCACAUAAAUCUUCAGGUAGUGCAAAUGGAGAACAUAAGAAGGUCUAAACUGGGGAGUCUUAGCUCUAAAAGAACUUUCUUUUAACAAGCCAGAGGAAUGGAAACAGGACCUGAAAAUUCCCUUUGAAAUUUCUCAGCUGGUCAGGAUAGGUGGCAUGGGCUUUUCUCCCACAUGGUUCCACCUCUAACAGCCCACUAUGUGAUACAGCAAAUUGCUCCAGAGCCUUUAACACCAGAAAUCACAGGGCUAUGGGACAAGCUACAGAGCUUUCCCCAAUGUCACACCUCCGGAUGGUGACCUGCAUGAGCCUGGAACCAACCAAUCAUCCUGGGCAACCCCUGCUGUGAUUUUGCUGGUGGUGACCUUGUGUCCCUGUCCACACCACACUUCAUUAGGAGAGAAGGGCUUGCCUCUUUACAAUGACAAACUAGAAGAGUCACUUGGCUCAAUUCUGCUUUCUGGGCUUUGUCCAUGCCAUGUCACUCCAACGAACAAGCACCUUUAGUACAUAACAGAAGUCUCAGUGCUGGAGAUGUCGAUCUGGCCUCAGUGAACCAUCACACAAUGAUGGAGACCAGUUACUGAUCCACUGGGUACCAGUGACUUCUCCUGCUACAGAUGUGGUAUCACAGAACCGUAGAAUAUCUCAAGUUGGAAGGGACUCAUAAAGAUGAUCAAGUGCAGCUCCCUGGACUUGUGGAUUAGGACUCCGGACAUAGAGAAAACACCCGUGGGGCAUUUGCUGUGAGUUGUUAGUGACGACUAUCUACUUCUGAGGCGUUCAUAACCUGGUGGAUGUACAGAGCUAGCUACCAUGGUAGACCUGGCUACCAUCAGCCAGGACUUCCAACCGCACCUACCAGGGAUGGGAGAAUAUUUUAAUGCCUGGCACAGAACCACUCAAAAAGAAAGGGCUCAAAAUAGACAUCAGUAGGGCUUUAGUUUCUUCUGAUUCAGCCAAACCGCAAGCUCUGUUUUGUCAUGCCUUCUUGUAAUUUCUUGCCCUGGUUGUACCAAACAGAGGGCAGAGAUUAUACCUGACAAAGCACUUUUGUUGCUCAUGCACAGUUGACUCCUCUUUGGUGAGAAAACCAGGUAAUGGCACACACAGAAAAAGAAAGAAAAAAAAGGAGACUGGUCUCUUUAGAAGGAAAUAUGUGAUAAAACAGCAAAUGUUAUCUCUGUGUGUGUUAGAAAUACUUGGGCAGGUUGGAAGAAGAAGCUCUAGAAGACCUGUACAUAUGGCCUUGUGGGAAAGUCCAGGCACAAUGAACAGAGGAAGAGGAGUCUUAAUGUCACACACUUAACAUUGGCCUUCGAGGCAAGGCACUUCCAAUGUUUCUGGAGAGGACCCAAAUUUUUUUAACGUCACCUCUAAAUAGAGUCAACAGCUGGGAGAUGGUUUCUGAAACCUCCCAGAGAAGCUGUAACUGUGUGUUGCUUUGACUUUCAUUAGGAUUUAACAUCCUGCAUGUCUCAGUUGCUUUUGAAAUGUUAAACAUUGUUAAUAUACUUAUUCAACACCAACCUGCUGAAACGUGCUUGAUUAUCUUAGAAGACACUGUACAAGAAUUGUUGUUUCACAUAAAAUGCUUGGCUUAGAUUUUCACUACUGAGAUACACUGGCAGCUUACAGAACAUAUGAUCACAGCUUAGAGAAACCGGUAGGUUUAUUUUUGGUUUGACGUAAAAAUGAGAACAAGAUGGAGUCAAAGUGAACUUACCAUAAACCCUUUCCACAAUGUUUGUUGGGCCACUCGAGUCCUGAAGAGCUCACUGUUUGGAGGGGUUUAUCCAAGCAGUUUGCUGGCUUCCACAGCAAUGUUCCUGCAGUUUAACACAGGAGCAGACCUGAGCCUAUGGCCUUAAUCAGAGAUUGCAGCUCAAAGCUACCUCUUUCACUGGCCAAAUCUGACAACCUUGAGCCAAGAAGUGUAAGUUACAGCUGAUUUCAUCCCCUCUCCCCUCCUCAUCUGGUUUUGCUAUAAUCAACCUAGAGAAUUACUUCACUUGAGCAAAAAGAAGUGAGGAUAACUCACUACAAGACCACAAGGUUUUGUAAAGGGAAGCAUGAUACCGUGGAGAAGAAAAAGGUACAAACUGCCCAGAAAAAUGGUUCUUUCCAUGCCUUUUAACAAUGGUUGAAUUCCCAACCCAACAAGGUUUAGCUUUAAACCUAAUCGAAUAUAAGUGGCUUUUGCCAUUAGACAAAACAUGUGCUCCCAUCCUUUGUAUUCCUGUCUUGUCGGAACUCUCUGCUGGGGCAGAGGUGAGCCUUGGUGCAGCAUGCUGUUAAUCUAUGCAAAUUCCCUCUAAGUGUUUUGAACUGUUUGUUUCGACUAAAAUAAAAAUCUGUUGAACCCACAGAUGUGAAGUGCUGCCAGAUGGAUUCUGAGAAAUUCCCAUCUGAAGAGAGUCUAUCAAGUGACCUCUUCAAAUAUUAUUUUGAGGUUUUGUUUCUCUUCGCAGCGUUCUUGUCGGGGCCAUCCAUUUGGCAGAGUGUGAAAUCAGAUUUACAAAGUCAUUACGCUGUUCAGAAAUUUCCCCCAGACAGGACGUUCUCACCAAAGGCCCAGCACACAUCACUGCCUGAGCGCUCUGCUGAGCCUGUUUUGUGAUGUGCAUGAGAUCUUGCUUCAGGGGCUGCACCGGUACGGGAGAAAAUUAAAUGGGAAAGUCAGUGAGGAGGGUUAGCAGGACACGUGCUGUAAGCAUGAUGAUAGCAGGACCUUUGCCCUUAUAGCAUCAAACGUUGAGUGAAAUACAACCCCAGGUGUGUGGUUGGUGCAGGCAGCUCAUGUGGCAGGAUGGAACCUGUCACCUGCCACUGCUGCCUGCCCUGAGGCAGGGACAGACAUCCACGGGCAUGAGAGCGCUGGAGCUUUCCUGUGCAAUGCCUUGAGUGUCACUCUGGUGUAUUCCUGGUCGUGCUGUCUGGUAGCUGUUUAAACAAAGCUGUAUCUGCUCGAGAUCUGUCUGGUUCUUCACGUUGCAGCUCAAGUUCUUCUGUUCUCAGUCUGGAUUCGUUUAGGACAAAACCAGAAAUUGCUAAGCCAAAAUUCCAUCAUGCUGUGUCCUGGCUUUGUGAUCAAGUCCCUCUCCAGCCAUGCCACCUGAUAGUCCUGCACAUACUGUAUUUAUGGCAAAUAUUUUUUAAAGUGCAACUUUUUUUUUUUUCCUGAAAUACAAACUGUUGAUGUGCUUUAUUUUCUGUGGCCUGUAGAGCGAUGGGAAAAAAAAUGAAUGUUAAAAGUGUGUCAGCGUCUCCCUUGUAAUAUUUUCUGUGACCAAGGGAAGGAAGAGGGUGUGAAAUCCUUUUGUGUAGCAAUGGGAAACACUCUUCCAGUGUAACAUGUUGUUAUUGAUACUGUAUUUACUGAUCAAACUGUAAUGGAAUGGUUAUUUCCUGAUAAAGCCUUUGUACUGUAUGGUAUUUUAUUUUAUUUUGUCAUUUAUUGAUCCUAAGAAAUAAAUAU